AUGCCUGACUUUGUAAUCUGGCCGACAGUCGACGCUCGUGACGUGGGAACCACGAAACGUCGAAGCCGCUCGGGCUGGCUGCAUGUUCCACCCCGCUUCGUCCGCCGUCCGCCGGAGCCAGGAGCUCGAGGACACCGACAAAGCCGCAUCGAUUGCUUCAGUUCGUCCGAGAUGAGGAGCGCACAUGGAGACACGGUCAUCGGGGCACACCCACCGUCCAGUCGCCGUCUGGCAGCUGGCCGACCAGCACCACCAGACCCGCGACAGCACCAGCACGUGGGCAAACAGCUCAGUCAACUGUCAACUGUUAACUGUCCACGGCCAACGGUCAACUGUCGAAUCUUCAAAUGGUACCUGGAGUGCGGUACAAGGGCCAUGUUCGCUCUUUCACCUGUCGCAGCCGGAACAAGCGAGCGCGACGCGAGUGCGAACGGGGCCACGUCUGAACGCCAGCCACAGAUGAAGGGCUGA